AUUCAUCAGCGAAACACCUCCCGGCUCAGAUGCCGCUAAAACUACAUUUCCCAGCAGGCGUCGGACCCCGGGCCCUGUUACUCACUUCCGGGUGUGUCACGUGACUCCCUGGCUGCGCCAUGGCGGAAGCAGAGGAGCGGGAAACCGGGUCUCUUGAAGAAUCUACAGAUGAGUCUGAGGAAGAAGAAAGCGAGGAGGAGCCCAAACUGAAGUAUGAAAGGCUCUCCAAUGGGGUAACGGAAAUCCUUCAGAAGGAUGCGGCCAGCUGCAUGACAGUCCAUGACAAGUUCUUGGCCCUGGGCACACAUUACGGCAAAGUGUAUCUGCUGGACGUGCAGGGGGACAUCACUCAGAGGUUCGACGUAAGUUGCGUGAAGAUAAAUCAGAUAAGCCUGGAUGAAAGCGGAGAGUACAUGGGCGUGUGUUCCGAGGACGGCAAGGUUCAGGUGUUUGGACUGUAUUCUGGAGAAGAAUUUCAUGAGACUUUCGACUGUCCCAUUAAAAUCAUCGCCGUGCAUCCACAUUUCCUGAGAUCCAGCUGCAAGCAGUUCGUGACCGGCGGCAAGAAGUUGCUGCUGUUCGAACGGUCUUGGAUGAGCAGGUGGAAGUCGUCGGUUCUGCAUGAAGGAGAAGGGAACAUCAGGAGUGUGAAGUGGAGGGGCCAUCUGAUUGCCUGGGCGAACAACAUGGGUGUGAAGAUUUUUGACGUCACCUCAAAGCAGAGAAUCACCAACGUGCCCAGGGAUGAUGUGAGCCUCCGCCCGGACAUGUACCCUUGCAGCCUCUGCUGGAAGGACAGCGUGACCCUGAUUGUUGGCUGGGGAACAUCUGUCAAGAUAUGCUCGGUGAAGGAGCGGCACGCCGGCGAGAUGCGGGACCUACCGAGUCGAUACGUUGAAAUAGUGUCUCAGUUUGAAACUGAAUUCUACAUCAGCGGGCUGGCGCCUCUCUGGGAUCAGCUGGUCGUCCUUUCCUACGUCAAGGAGGUUUCGGAAAAAACGGAAAGUCAAUACUGCGCCAGGCCCAGGCUGGAUAUCAUCCAGCCGCUCUCGGAGACCUGUGAAGAGAUUUCUUCUGAUGCUCUGACUGUGAGGGGCUUCCAGGAAAAUGAAUGCAGAGAUUAUCACUUAGAGCACUCGGAAGGGGAGUCGCUCUUCUACAUCGUGAGUCCAAGAGAUGUUGUCGUUGCCAAGGAACGCGACCAAGAUGACCACAUCGACUGGCUCCUGGAGAAGAGGAAAUACGAGGAAGCUCUGAUGGCAGCUGAAAUCAGCCAAAAGAACAUUAAAAGACAUAAGAUUCUGGACAUCGGCUUGGCCUACAUCAACCACCUGGUGGAGAAGGGGGAGUACGACGCAGCAGCACGCAAAUGCCAGAAGAUUCUUGGGAAAAAUGCAGCACUCUGGGAAUAUGAAGUUUAUAAAUUUAAAGAAAUUGGACAGCUUAAGGCUAUUAGUCCUUAUUUGCCAAGAGGGGAUCCAGUUCUGAAACCACUCAUCUAUGAAAUGACCCUCCAUGAAUUUUUGGAAAGUGAUUAUGAGGGUUUUGCCACGCUGAUCCGGGAAUGGCCUGGAGAUCUGUACAACAACGCGGUAAUCGUUCAGGCAGUUCGGGGUCACCUGAAGAAAGACAGUCAGAACAGGACUUUACUUAAAACCCUAGCAGAACUGUACACCUAUGACAAGAACUACAGCAGCGCCCUGGAGAUAUACCUAACCUUAAGACACAAGGACGCCUUCCAGCUGAUCCACAAGCAUAACCUUUUCAGUUCUAUCAAGGAUAAAAUUGUUUUAUUAAUGGAUUUUGACUCCGAGAAAGCUGUCGACAUGCUUCUGGACAACGAAGAUAAAAUCUCAAUUAAAAAGGUCGUGGAAGAAUUGGAAGACAGACCGGAGCUGCAGCACGUGUAUCUGCACAAGCUUUUCCGGAGAGACCAUCGUAAGGGGCAGCGCUACCACGAGAAGCAGAUCAGCCUCUACGCCGAAUACGACCGUCCGAACCUGCUCCCGUUUCUCCGAGACAGCAUCCACUGCCCCCUGGAGAAGGCUCUUGAGAUCUGUCAACAGAGGAACUUUGUGGAAGAGACAGUUUAUCUUCUGAGCCGCAUGGGCAACAGCCGGAGGGCCCUGAAGAUGAUCAUGCAGGAGCUGCACGACGUCGACAAAGCCAUCGAAUUCGCCAAGGAGCAGGACGACGGGGAGCUCUGGGAAGAUCUGAUUUUAUAUUCCAUCGACAAGCCACCGUUUAUCACUGGCUUGCUGAAUAACAUCGGCACCCAUGUUGACCCAAUUCUCCUGAUUCACCGUAUCAAGGAAGGGAUGGAGAUUCCUAACCUGAGAGACUCCUUGGUCAAAAUCCUGCAAGACUACAAUUUGCAGAUUCUGCUUCGUGAAGGCUGCAAGAAGAUUCUCGUCGCCGACUCUUUGUCCUUGCUAAAGAAGAUGCACCGAACCCAGAUGAAAGGCGUCCUGGUGGAUGAGGAGAACAUCUGCGAGUCGUGCCUGUCCCCGGUCCUCCCGUCAGACGCGGCCAAGCCCUUCAGCGUGGUGGUCUUCCACUGCCGGCACACGUUCCACAAGGAAUGCCUGCCUGUGCCCAGCAUGAGCUCCCCUGCACAGUUCUGCAACAUCUGCAGCGCCAAGCACCGGGGCCCGGGAAGUGCCAUUUUGGAGAUGAAAAAAUAGCUCCUUCUGUGUGUCCGCCUCGUCCUCGCUGCUCUGAAGACGGUUUUUGCAGCAACCGAAGCUUUUGUUGACCCCAGUGCCCUUGAGAGAUUUGUGCACGUGUGUGUCCUGCUGGAGAAAAGCUGCUUCCUCUUCUCCUGUCUCUUAGAUGUUUCUCUUUGCAGUUGAUAAGGAAUUUGGGGUUUGCCCCUUUCCACGAAAGAAGUGGGUGGAAAGAUGUUCGCCUCGAAAGACGUGGGUUCCUGGUCAUUAUUUAAUCAUUCAUCUGUUAGGUUUCCCUUCCUAAAUAAAGAAUGAGCCAACGUCUGA